AAGGGAAGCGGACCGUACAUCCAGGUAUUUCCGCAAUUUCAACAAACCCAAUGCCUAUUUAAAUGAGAAGAUCAGUGCGCUGCUCCUAUAAAUAUAGAGGCCGCCCGCUUGCUGGGAAAAACCCGUAGUUUAGAAUAGCGAAGGAGUGAGCGAAAGCCCAGCAACGAAAGAAGGGAGGGAAAGUGAGAGGUGAAGAAAAAUAAUAGAGGGAAACUUCCCGGGUUACUCUUUCACCCCCAAAACUCUGCACAUUUACUGUUUUACCAUCCGUCAUUCAAAUUUCUUCUUGAUCACUUUAUUAUCGGUUCGAAGUGGAUUUUUUUUUUAAAUGAGUCGUUUAGGGUUUAAAUCGGUGGUCUAUCACAGGGACGUUUGUUUGGGAGAACUGGACACUGUACCUGUUUCGGACACGAAUUUCCAAUUCCCAAACAACGAAAUUCGAAUCCACCGCAUCUCCCCUACCAGCGAACGAUGCAUUCCUCUUUCUAUUCUCUAUACGAUUUCCUCAUUUCCCGUUCGUUGCAAGCUCGAAUCCUCUUCUCCAGUCGAACAACCGCAUUUGAUUCACCUCCACGUCUCUUGCUUUUACGAAUUCAAGACGGCGGUGGUUUUGGUCGGAGAUGAGGAGGUUCACUUAGUGGCAAUGCCGAGUAAACAAAAGAAGUUUCCGUGCUUUUGGUGCUUUUCGAUUCCUUCAGGACUGUACAAUUCCUGCCUAGGGAUGCUUAAUUUAAGGUGCCUCGCAAUUGUUUUCGAUCUUGACGAAACGCUGAUUGUUGCCAACACAAUGAAGUCGUUCGAGGAUAAAAUCGAAGCUCUUAGGGGUUGGAUUGCGCGGGAGACUGAUUCGAUUCGUCAUUCGGGGAUGUCAGCUGAAUUAAGAAGGUACAUGGAUGAUCGGUUGCUGUUGAAACAGUACACGGAGAGUGAUUAUGUCGUUGAUAAUGGAAAAGUGUUUAAGGUUCAAACGGAAGAGGUUCCUCCUUUGUCUGAUGACAAUGAGAAGGUUGUACGGCCCGUGAUUAGGUUGCAAGAGAGGAAUAUUGUUCUUACUCGUAUCAAUCCUGAGAUUCGUGACACCAGUGUGCUUGUGAGGUUACGUCCUGCGUGGGAGGAAUUGAGAAGCUAUUUGACCGCGAAAGGACGAAAACGCUUUGAAGUAUAUGUUUGUACUAUGGCCGAAAGAGAUUAUGCAUUAGAGAUGUGGAGGCUUCUUGAUCCAGAGGCACAUCUGAUAGCUCCAAAGCAACUUAGGGACCGAGUAGUUUGUGUCAAAUCUGGUUCCAGGAAAUCUUUGCUAAAUGUGUUCCGAGAUGGCAAGUGCCAUCCACAAAUGGCGAUGGUAAUUGAUGACCGUUCAAAGGUCUGGGAGGAUAAGGAUCAGCCUCGAGUUCACGUAGUUCCUCCGUUUGCUCCAUAUCAUGCUCCUCAGGCUGAGACAGCAAAUGCGGUUCCAGUCCUCUGUGUAGCAAGAAAUGUUGCAUGCAAUGUCAGGGGUUUGUUUUUCAAAGAGUUUGAUGAGAAUGUAUUACGGAAAACAUCUGAAGUUUUUUAUGAAGAUGAGGUGGUAAAUCUGCCACUUGCUCCUGAUGUGAGCAACUACUUGAUGUCAGAGGAUGCUGGUUUUGCUCCAAAUGGGAAUAAUGGUGCUCCUAUUAAUGAAGGAAUGAAUGGAGCUGAAGUUGAGCAGAGACUUAAUCAAUCGUUUAUUCAGGAGGAGAAGCAUGUUUUGGACUCUUCCACUCAUCCAGUAACAAUUAACCCUCUGUUGAGGUCUGACACCUCUCAGCCACCUGUUGCAAUUGUUCCCAAUAUCGUUGGGCCUGCAUCUUCAACAGCACCAUUGCCUUCCCAGAGUAGGGUUAUGCCUAGUGUGCUUGGAGCUUCUGGUCUGCUUUCGCCUCCUACCUUGCUUGGAACUUCUGUAAGAAGAGACAGCAACACUAGUGAUAGUGAUUAUGACAUGAAGAGAAGAGCCCUUGGCACAAAACAGGGUUUAGACUCAAGGAAUCAGAGCUCAGUCCAAUCUCCACUCCUAUCUAAAUUACCCACACAGAUAUCUUCAUCGUCAACACUGCCUCAGGGAGGUUGGUUGGUGGAAGAAAACAUGAACAAAGCAUAUCUAAAUGAUCAAUCAUCAGGCUCUGCUCUAGAAUCUGAUGCAACAAAAACUGAUAAGCUAGGAGGAUUCUCUCCUAGUGCACCAGUUUCUGUUUCCACUGGUUUACCAUCACAUGCAUACCAAGUGAAGGUUGAAGAGGCACGUGCUGGACUUGAGACACCAAAGCAGAAUGUUCUGCGUGCAGGUCAUGUGUCAGACAUUGGUGGUACUCAGAAUCAUGUAGCUUCUGUUAGCAGAGAAUUGCAGUCUGACUGUGGAAAAUUAAAUCUUCUACCCUCCCAUUUGUCAAUAAGUGUUCUACAAGAAAUUGGACGAAGAUGUGGUUCAAAGGUUGAGUUCAGAUCUGUGGUAAGCACCAGUAAGGAUUUGCAAUUUUCUGUUGAGGUUUUAUUCACGGGAGAGAAGAUUGGUGUUGGAAUGGGCAAGACAAGGAGGGAUGCUCAGCAACAAGCUGCUGAGCUUGCUCUUCAUAACUUAGCAGAAAAAUAUGUAGCAUAUAUAGCACCACGUUCGGGAGCUGUGGAUAGAGAUUUCACUAAGCUUUCUCUUGGAACUGAAAAUGGAUUUCUAUGGGAUGCGAAUCCUGCAUCAAAUGAAGCCCCAAGAGAAGAUGGGUUACCCAAAGAUAAUACUUCUGAGGCUGCUGAAGUGGAACCUGGGAGUAAUUCAUCCAGUCUGGUAAAUCAACCAGUGCAAAAGCGUGCCAAUUCACCAAGAUUGUCUGAAUCUAUGCCAAGCAAACGAUCAAAGGAAGAAGUUGCGCAUCAAUUACGAAGUCUAUCAUCCUCACUGCAACCUAAAAAUGAGCAUCCUGUUUCAUGAAAAGCCAUGAGAAUAGGAAGUAAUGAUUUUGCACAGAAGGGUUUUGAGACGAAACAAAUUUAGGAUUGCAGAAGUGCGGAUUCCAAUCUUUGUUGGGUUGGAGUUAACUAAUGCUGAUGUGAAUUUUAUUUCUCUUUUGGAAAUAUGGGCAAUCCGUUUUUUGUCAUUUUGCCCCGUCAUUUCCUGGUCUGUAUAUGAUCAAAGGCAUAGCUUGUCCUUGGAUAUUGUAACGAUCUAAUCUUAUAAAUUCCACUAUUCCAAUGAUCAAAGACUAGUUUCUUCACCUGAUCCACCGAUUAAAAUUUCCCAGUGCCAGAUAAUCCAAUCGGUGGUCUCCAUCUUGCAUUUCUUACUCACACUCUUGCACAAAUUUAUGCAGAAUUAUCCCAAAUAUCCUGAAACCAGAAAAUAGGAAGAAGGCUGCAUUAUUAAACAACAAUUUUUACAAGAUUUUGAGAGAUUUAAUGAUUGUGGUGUGAUUAUGAUAAAUGUUAAUAAUUCUUUGGUUAAGAACUACAUUGUUGGUGCGUUAUGGUAUUUUUUUUGUUUUUAGUUUUUGCUCGAGUAUGGAGUGGACAACGAAAAUGGAUGGACUUCGAAGGUUGUGAAUUCUGCCAUCCCAAUUAGGAAUCUGGCUUGGGUUUUGAACAUGUUGUCUCAGCAGCAGGACAGUAAAGAUGCAGGCAAUUCAGGCACUCCUUGACGCACGCCUUUGGUUUUGUCAUUUAGUAAUUUAUA